AUGGAGAGGACGCUGAGGAACGUGCUCGUGGUGUCCCUGGGCUUCCUGCUCCUCUUCACGGCCUACGGAGGCCUGCAGAGCCUGCAGAGCAGCCUGUACAGUGAGGAGGGCCUGGGGGUGACAGUGCUCAGCACCCUGUACGGCGCCGUGCUCCUGUCCUCCAUGCUCCUCCCGCCCCUGCUCAUCAGGACGCUGGGCUGCAAGUGGACCAUCGUCGCCUCCAUGAGCUGCUACGUGGCCUUCUCCCUGGGCAACUUCUACGCCAGCUGGUACACGCUGAUCCCCACUUCCAUCCUGCUGGGGCUCGGGGCAGCCCCGCUGUGGUCGGCCCAGGGCACCUACCUCACGCUCAUGGGGAACGUGCAGGCAGAGGAGGCGGGGAGAGUCGCCAGGGACGUGGUGAACCGGUACUUCGGCAUUUUCUUCCUCAUAUUCCAGUCGUCAGGCGUGUGGGGCAACCUGAUCUCGUCGCUGGUGUUCGGCCAGCUGCCCACUCACGAGCCCAUCCCCGAGCAGCAGCUCCUGUCCUGUGGGGCCAGGGACUGCCUGAUGGCCAAGGCGCCCACCAACAGCACCCAGCGCGUCCCCCAGAAGCUGAUCUACACCCUGCUGGGCAUCUACACAGGAAGCGGGGUCCUGGCGGUUCUGCUGGUAGCGCUGUUUCUCGAACCCGUAAGAGACGUUCCGCAGAAAAGCGAAGCAGAGGACCGAUCUCCAUCUUUUCGGUCCACUUUACUGUCGACCUUCAAGCUGUUUGGAGACAAACGUCUGCGUUUCCUCAUUCUGCUGCCGAUGUACAGUGGAUUCGAACAGGCUUUUCUGGCGGGCGACUACACCAGGGGCCGACGGGGUGUCACAGGCUACGUGCCCGAGCUCCUGGUGCUGUGCUGGGUCUUUCUCGACCGGAGGAUAAUUGAGUUUACAGUUCAAGAUCUCAACUGCCAGGCUGACGCUGUCUGGCAGACACAGAACAACGUUCUUUACGGCGUCCUGUUUGAGAAGGACAAGGAGGCCGCCUUUGCCAACUACCGCCUUGGAGAAGCGCUGGGCUUCGUCGUCGCGUUCGGGUACAGCGCGUUCCUGUGUGUCAGCGUCAAACUCUACAUCCUCCUGGGAGUCCUGUGCCUGACCAUGGCGGCAUACGGAAUCGUCGAGUAUCAGGAGUCCCAGGACCUCGGCCGGCCACCUGCCGGAGGCGCGACGAGGCCAGCGGAGGAAGGAGAAACGCAGACAAAAAUGUGA